AUGGGCUCGUUCAGACAGAUACGCAGCUGUGCUUGGCGGUCCCAUCAAGAGAACCUGGCAUUGGGGCAUCGCUUGAGAGUAAAGGUCUUCUUCGCUCACCCUGAUCAUCAGAUCAGCGAACUGUGCGCGCAAUUGAUGCCCUGGUGCUGGGACCAGUGGAGCAGGGCCCAAAAAAACACUUCGACGGUGCCGAGCCGCUGCGGCGGUGCGAGAAAAGAGGGAGCCGUGGUGAAGUUACUUCAUAACUUCUUCCAGAAGAAUGAGACGGACCACCGGCUCAGUGUGGGCAUCAUCACCCCUUACUUGGGGCAGGUCAGGCUCAUCAAGGAGUUGAUCUACUCAGAUAGUGCCACUGUUCAUGCCAAAAAGCUGCAGAAGAAAGUGAAACUGGUCAAGACGGUGGACGGCUUUCAGGGGAAUGAACAAGAUAUCAUCGUGAUUAGUACGGUGCGAUCCAACCGAAAGGGACAGAUUGGCUUCGUGAGUGACCGGCGACGUUUGAAUGUUGCCAUCACUCGAGCUCGGCUGCGUCUCUGGAUUAUCGGUGACCUCACCACCUUGGAGCACGACGACACGCUUCUUGGCUUGGAUUGGUUCUUCCGACACUGGGGAGGCAAUUUCACCUAUGCCUCAGACUGCUCUGGUAUGGAUACCCCACUGACCGCUCUCAAGAUGUUGUUCCCGGCGAACAAGAGCAACCUUGUGACCUACAUGUCAAGCGAAGAUAUCUUUGCAACGAACUACAGGCAAUUGCGUCGCAAGGCGCUUCACGCCUGA